AUGAGCCCACCUAGCCUAUCAGCGGCGGGCGACCUCGACGUCCACGGUGACAUGGCAUCAACGCCUCCACCACCGUCAUCAACGUCGUACCAUACCAACGACGUCGCCUCCACUACCUCCGUCACGCUCACUAAAGAGCAAUUCGACGAGCUGAUCAGGAACCAGCGCCCCGCACGGGACGACGACGCAUUCUCCAUGCGUCAGCGCCUACCCCCAGCCAACCCUCCGGUCUUCCCCGACGACUCGAAACUUACGGAGGACAAUUACGUUGACUGGGUCCCCACGAUGCCGCCAUGCCCGCCCUCUUGGGCUGGAUUCAACGCUCGGACGAAUCGAGCGACGGUCCCCGUUGCGAAGGCGGUCGUACCGACCAAACGCUCUGCACCAGGCAAGAAGGGAAAAUGGGAUCGUUCUGGUCCUGCCCCGAGCAACUGCCCAGCUUGUGGUCAAGGCAAACACUGGCUCGACAAGUGUCCGGAAUCGCGCAAGCGAGCCAAGUACCUCGAGCUCAAAAACGCCAUGAAGGAACUCCAAGGCUCAUCAUCGCCUGCGUCCACGUUCGUGGCCACCGAGGCAGCAUCCAAGGAUCAACACCUGUCCGUCGUUUCUUCUGCUACGUUUGUCAACAUCGGGCCACCGGCGGAAAUCCUUCUGCUAGACUCGGCGUCGGCGUGCCACGUCGUCAACGAUGCGUCCUUCUUUGACGGCCCCCUUUCACCUACCCCGCAAGUCCUGCAAGGUCUAGGGGGAACGGUGAAGGCCUCGGGAAUCGGCUCGGUCAAGCUCGUCUCCGAUAAUGGUACCAGGUUCACCCUCAACGACGUGAUCUAAGCCCCCGAGAGCCCUGCCAACCUCAUCUCAGUCCGGGCCUUCGACCGCAAAGGCGUUCGCAUCACCUUCGAACACGGAUAAGUCGAGCUCCGCACGCCGCAAGGGUGCAUCGCCACAGCAUCAGCCAUCGCGUCCUGCGUUUACAAACUCAACACUUCGGUCCAAGCUGCCAGCAAAGAUGCGCGACACACCCUCGUUGCCACCAAGUCCAAUAGGCUACCUUUACUUACCCUUCACCGGCGCUACGGCCACGCCUCUGUCCAGACACUUAAAAAACUGGCGGCCUCUGGCCAGGUGGAGGGUUUAGAUUGGCCCUAUAGUGACUUCGAGUGUGAUGGCUUCACCUGCAACGCGUGCCUUGCCUCCAAAGCGCAUCGUUUGCCUUUCCCCUCUUCGUCGUCGCAUGCCGCGGAACCACUCGCAUUGGUGCACUCGGACGUCUUAUCUUUCCCCGAGGAAUCCUUAGGCCAUAAGCGAUACCUCGUCACGUUCAUCGACGACUUCUCGAGGAAGACUUGGGUUUACCCUAUCGGGCACAAGAGCGAGGUCCUUCAGACAUUCAAGGAUUGGCUUCUGGAGAUCGAAAACGCCACGGGUCGCAGGGUCAAAACACUUCGCUCGGACAACGGGGGCGAGUAUGUUUCUACCGCUUUCAACGGCUAUUGCGUGGCCCGCGGAAUUCAUCGCGAAUUGACCAUACCGUACACACCCGAGCAAAACGGUCGGGCUGAGCGAGCCAACCGGUCGAUCGUCGAGGGCACCCUGGCUCUACUGUCUCACUCGGGACUCCCACGAUCGUGCUGGGACGAGGCUGCCAUGUGUUACAUUCACGCCAAGAACCUCUCGCCUCACGCGGCCCUUGGUGGAGCCAUCCCAAACAGUCGUUGGUCGGGCCACACACCAAGCGUAGGGGGUCUUCGGGCAUUCGGUUGUCGCGCUUGGACCACCGUGCCGGCUCACCGACGGGACAAGCUCGACCCAAAAGGGAUUCCUCUGGUCUUCGUCGGGUACGAUCGACACGCGAAAGCCUACCGUCUUCUCGAUCCUUCCUCCAUGCGUGUGAGUCUGGGCCGCAAUGUGACGUUCGUAGAAACCGAGUUCCCCUUCGCUAUCGCGCCCACCCGAGUGACGCAGCCGUCCAUCCCGGGUUACGCCCCCCAGCCCCCACCCGUCGAAGCUCCAACACCCGUCGAGCCUCCCCCACGGCCACCGGCCCCAACGCCUGUCGAGGCACCCGCGUCGCCCGCAUCGACCAGCUCGGCCGACAACGACGACGCCUCAUCGACCACGAGCGCAACGACAGAGUCAGCCGUGAACCCGCCGCAACCACCUCCGGAUCCAGCUCCACUCGCCAAAGUCAAGCCGAGUUGGGAGUACGGCGACGUCGCCAAGGUUGGUCCCGAUCCAGGGAAGUACGGUGAAGUCAACGCUCGAAACAUCAUUGAUGGCCCCCGGACUCGCCGCCAACCCGUUCCCACCAUGAUCACGCGGGAACAGCCAGUCGACGGCACCGACGGACCCACCGCCUCUUUCAAGAGCCUGCUCCUUGCCUUCGCAUCCACCAAGGCCGGCUUCGCAGAUCAUGACUUGUCGGUUGUUCGCGAUCCGGCAAAUUGGGGCGACGUCAUCCGAUCGGGACAAGAGGACGUUUGGGGCGCUCCGGCACAGGAUGAAUUCGAUUCGCUUCUGAACGAUUACGAGGUCUUUCAAAUCGUCGAAUCCUGUGAGCUCCCAGCGGGUGAGAUCCUCCUGCGGUCGGGCUGGGUGUUCCGGACUAAACGCAACCAGCAUGGCGAUAUCACCGAUCACAAGGUCCGACUUGUUGCUCACGGAUGUGCCCAACGCCCUGGCCUUGACUUCGAGAAGACCUACGCCCCUGUCGUCAAAUUCACGUCCAUUCGAGCUCUCAUCGCACUCGCCGCGGCCAACGGCUAUCACGUCCAUCAGGCCGACGUCAACAAGGUGUAUUUACACGGCAAACUUGACAAGCCUCUCUACAUGCGCGUCCCUCAGGGCAUAAACCUGCCAGGCAAGAUCCUCAAGCUGUCCAAAUCCAUCUACCGCCUUCGCCAGGCCGGCACCAUCUGGAACGCUGAGAUCGACUCGACUCUGCGGUCCCUCGGAUACGUCCCCACCAGGUCUGACAUCUGUAUCUACCGCCGAAAUCGAGCGGGUGCUGGAUGCGCUGGAACUCACAUACGGCAUCAAACGUCUCGGACCUGCUGAAUAUAUUCUAGGCAUCCAAGUCAAACGUGGACAAGACGGCUCUAUCACGCUCUCACAAGAGCGCUACCUUCGGGACAUCCUUGCCAGGUUCCAAUUCACCGAUGCCAAGCCGGCAAGUAUUCCAAUGCAGCCAGGUGUCGUCCUUGACUUCGAGGACUUGGCGGCCACUCCUCAGGAUCGUACGCGCUACUUGCAGGCCAUCGGUUCGUUGAUGUACGCCGCAGUUGGAACUCGUCCGGACCUCGCCUUCGUGGUCAGCUACCUCGCUCGCUUCUCCCAGCAGCCUGGCCCGGAGCAUUGGACAGCCAUCAAGCAGGUCCUCCGUUACAUCAAAGGCACGCUGGACUUGGGCCUCACCUAUUGCAAGACCAGCCAACCACUCCAUGGCUACUCGGAUGCGAACUGGGGAGCCUGUCUAACGACCUCACGAUCGACCAUGGGCUACGCGUUCAUCUUGUCCGGAGCCGCUAUUGCUUGGUGCUCCAAACGCGAGCACAGGGUGGCCAAGUCCACUACCGACGCAGAGUACCUCUCUCUUUCGUACACAAGCGGUGAUGCCAUCCACCUGAGCGAACUCCUGGCUGAACUUGGCGCUCCGGUCUCCGGUCCAGUCGUACUCUACGGGGACAACCAAGGUUCGCUGGCUCUUGCGCAGCACCCGACCAACCAUCAGGGGUCUCGUCAUGUUCGCAUCUCGGAACAUUACGUCCGCGAGAGGGUAGCUGAGAAGGAGAUCGAGGUCCGCUACAUCGCCACCGGCGACAUGAUUGCCGAUAUUUUCACCAAAGCCUUGGGUCCCAAGCCGUUCAUCUUCCAUCGGGAGAAUUUGGGUUUGCGAGGUGCAGUGGUAUGACAGCACGGGGGGGGUGUCAAUAUAUUGCUGUUUCAUCCCACUGGUAUUCCCGAUUAUGAUUAGUUACUAGUUGUUGAUAUUAGUCGCCCCGCGCGUCUCGAGCCUGCCUCGUGCGCGCUCCCUUAGCGCUUAUCUUCUUUCUCCAACUAUCUUUACUAUCUUCAUCGGCUCUCGUACUUACGCACUUCGUGCCUCGGCCUCAGUUCCUGAAAAUUCCGACAGGCGACGCCCCUUUGUGGGAACCUUCGGACGAGCUCGUGCUCUCAAAGCUGUGGCCACACCUCGAUCCAUUUGGUCUCGUCGGUUUCUGUGUGGAGCGCGACCUCAACAUUUCUCUGGACGAGCAAGUCAAACAUUUGCUCAAUCUAUACGACAGCGAUUUUCGAUGCGACCCGUCUUUCCCAGUCAUCGUCUCGAACAUGCUCCGCCGACGAGAAGUAUUUCGCCACCUCGCUUUUCGGGUCCCCAAUGGCUCGAAUCGCAGCAGCACAGUUCGAAAUUGUGUCCGAAAUGAUCAAAAAAUCCCAAGGACACGAAAAGGUACAAGGCAACAACAGAAGCAGAGAAGCAUACCAACCGUAUUCUGGCAGAAUUGCAAAGUGUCCGAGACAAAUUUCAUGGCACAACUGCACAGAUGCUCGACAUGAGGAGUGGGAUCCGCGGAUACGUCAACGCGUUCGGUAUGUACACCCUCUUCGUCACCAUCAACCCGGCAGAUUUACACUCACCGUUGAUGACGAGGUAUCCCACAGCCUUGGGCGCAUCAAGGACAAGUUUCUCGACCAAGCAGAUACCGUUUGGGCCAACGACAAAAAGUCAUCUAAUCGUGGAUUGCAACACUCUUCCCACUUUGAAAGAUUUGUGGGGGAAUACUGACACUCCAUGCCAUUUGAUUCCCAUGUCUCUCAGCGGUGGACACAUUCACCACACCUAGCCAGGCCGUCUCGCGCCCAAGUCGCUCCCGGAAGUCCCGAUCUCUCAACGUCAACUGA